AUGAAUCCUUGUGUUUUUAUCAUUUUCUCACUUCUCUUGCUAUGCCUUGAGACUAUAACUUCCAACCAAUUGGUAGCAGCGGGAGGAGGAGAUGAUAAUGAUGUUAGGAACAAGUGUUCUGAUAAGGAGAGACGUGCUCUUCUUGAUUUCAAAGCUCGCCUCCAAGACCCGGAUGAAACUCCCUCUACAUGGAGAUCUGAAGAAGAAGAAGAUUGUUGUAACUGGAGUGGAGUCACGUGCAACAACCAAACUGGUCGUGUCAUUGAGCUAAAUAUUAGUUCUGGUGGCCUUGAAGGUGAGAUAAGCAAUUCUUUGCUUAACUUAAGCUACCUGACUCAUCUUGAUCUCUUCUCUAAUUCUUUUCAUGGAAUUAUUCCCACGUUCAUUGGUUCCAUGACUCGUUUAAGGUACCUUCACCUUGGUUGGAAUCAUUUGAAUGGAACCAUUCCCAGGUCCAUUGGUUCCUUGAGAAAAUUAAGGCACCUUGACCUUUCGGAUAACUCUCAUUGUGGUAUCAUCCCUCUAGAGUUUGGAAACCUCACAAACUUGCAAGUGCUUAAUCUUGGAUCCCUUGGAAAGUCUAGAGUUUGGAACCUAGAGUGGUUAUCUCAUCUUUCUCAUUUAGAGGCACUUGAAAUGGAUGGGAUUUCUCUAGCCAAACAAAAUUAUUGGAUAGAUGUGAUUUUGCGUCUCCGGAAACUAAUCUCUUUAAGUUUAGAUAGAUGUGAGGUCUCACAGGUUGUGUAUCCAUAUUCUUCAUUUCUCAUCUCUUCUUCUUCAUCUAUUGAAUCCCUUAUUCUCAGCAACAACAAUCUGACCACAUCCAUGUAUCGUUGGUUGUUCCGAUUAACAAGCAAUAAGCUCCGCAUUCUUGAUCUCUCUGGGAACAUAUUAGAUGGGAUACCCAAAUAUCUAGACAUAAUUCCUCUAGGGUUUUGGGACAUGUGGCCUUCUCAAUUAACGUAUCUGAAUCUCUCUUCCAACAACAUCAGCGGCAAAGCACCAGAUUUAUCAUCAAAGUGUGGCUACAUUUCAAUGAUAGAUUUGAGUUCCAACAUAUUUUAUGGCCCAAUAACAAAUGUCUCUUCCACUCUGACAUCACUGCAUCUUUCUAGAAACAAAUUCUAUGGUGGAAUCUCCUUCUUAUGCCAAAUUGACCAGGGGUUUUUAGUUGUUCUUGACCUCUCCCAUAAUUUUCUAAGUGGUCAAAUUCCAGACUGUUUGUGGCAUUUCAAAGAACUAAAAAUUCUUAAUCUAGAGCACAACAAUCUAUCUGGAAGGCUUCCUACCUCUGUUGGAUCUUUGAUUAAACUCGAGUCAUUGGAUCUAUACAAGAACAAUUUCUCUGGAGAAUUGCCUCUGUCUUUAAACAGUUGCACGAGCUUAAACUCAUUAAAUUUGGGGGCCAACAAGUUUUCUGGUAACGUGCCUCUUUGGAUUGGGGAGAACUUACUGAAGUUGUAUGUUCUUAUCCUAAGAUCAAACAACUUCUUCGGGACCAUCUCUUUACAAUUAUGUCAACUUGAAGGUAUUCGAAUUCUAGAUUUGUCAGUGAACAAGCUCCAUGGAACAAUCCCCUCGUGUUUGGAUAAUCUUACAAGCAUGGUUCAAGAAGGAUUUCUACCUACACAUAAUGUGCAAUUCUAUACACUUAAAUUGUUUUAUUCUGGAGGUUAUCACUAUGGUGAACGUGAUGAUAAGUAUUUUGACCAUGCAAUGAUUGAGUGGAAAGGAUACGAACGUGAACUCAUCAGAUUGUUGAAGAACAUUGACUUGUCAAGCAACAACUUAACAGGGCCAAUUCCAUAUGAAGUUACCAAGCUCUAUGGACUUCAUGCACUCAACUUGUCAAAGAAUAGUCUACUUGGAGAGAUUCCUGAAACAAUUGGUCAAAUGAAACAACUUGAAACUUUGGAUUUAUCUAGAAACAACUUGUCUGGAGAGAUGCCAUCAAGCAUGUCUAUUUCAAGAUACUAUGGAAACCCGAGACUAUGUGGACCUCCCCUUACCAAAAACUAUCAAGGAGAUGAUGAAUCAGAAGUACGACAUGUCAUUGGUGAGAGUGAGGAUCGUGGGGAAGAUAUGGAUGAACUUUGGGGGUGGUUCUAUAUUGGUGGGGGCACUGGUUUUGUUACUGGAUUUUGGAUUGCAUGUGGUGCUCUACUUCUCAAUCAUCGUGGGAGACAUGCUUUUUUUUCAUUUUUAUGA